AUGGCGCCCCCCACAGGCGCACUCGUUUCAUUGCUGCUGCUGGUGACCUUUACAGGUUGUGCCUGGACGCAGUGCAGUGAGGGGAGGACGUAUUCCAAUGCCAUCAUCUCUCCUAACUUGGAAACUAGCAAAAUCAUGCCGGUGCCUCAGACCACCCCCUUGGGGGACUGCACAUCCGCCUGCUGCGACCUGUCCAGCUGCGACCUGGCUUGGUGGUUUGAGGGCCGCUGCUACCUGGUGAGCUGCCCGCACAAAGAGAGCUGCGAGCCCAAGAAGAUGGGCUCCAUCAGGUCUUACCUGACCUUUGUGCUCAGGCCCGCCCAGAGGCCCGCAGCACUGCGGGACUACGGGGUGGUGAUGCUGAACAGGGGCGCCCCGUCGGGAAUCUGGGGGGACUCACCUGAGGAUAUCAGGAAGGACCUGCCCUUCCUGGGCGAGGAUCGGGGCCUGGACAUGUCUGAGUACUCGGAUGACUACAGGGAGCUGAAGCAGAACCUCUUCCAGCCGGUCAGCAAGCAGGAGCCCCGGGGGACCGCCGAGUUCACGGACUGGGGCUUGCUGCCCGGAGGUGAGGGAGGUUUCAACUUCUCUGCUGGAGACAGCCCCGCAGCACCAGCGGAGAAGCAGCCGGAGGACCCAGGGCUCCAUGAGCUGAAUGAGUCGGCGUGGACCCCGGCCCCGAAACCCUCUCCGGAGAGGUUGUUGCUUCCCUUGGUCACUGCCCCACCUCCAGGAGAAGUGGAGAGAGAGACUUCUCAGCUCCAUGGGCAAGCCGGCACCAGCUCUGGGAAAGAGGUCCUAAUGCCAUCCCAUGAUCCUCCUCCAGCCAGCCUGGAGGUCAGCCCGGCCACUGUGGAGAAGAGCCCGGUUCUCACAGUCACCCCGUGGAGCAGAGAGCAUAGCAUUCCAACCCUUUCCACCAGCACCAUCCCAUCCGAGCAACCCAGACCUGCUCCUACUGCUCCCAGGACAGUGAAACAACUCAUGGUGUCUGCUGGCGAGAACCGAGUCAUAACUUCCCCGGAAGAUGAAGUUGAGCUGAAGGCUUCGGUUGUGCCGGCGCCGCCUGCAGAAACAACUUACAGCUAUGAAUGGAGUUUAAUAAGCCACCCUGAAGACUACCAAGGAGAAAUAAAACAAAGACACACACAGGCUCUUAAUGUCUCUCAAUUGUCAGUAGGACGUUAUGCCUUCAAAGUAGCAGUUUCUGGUGAAAAUGCCUUUGGAGAGGGAUUUGUAAAUGUCACCGUGAAGCCAGCCGGAAGAGUCAACCUGCCUCCCACGGCAAUCGCUUCUCCCGAGAGACAGGAGUUCUCCCUGCCAUUGACGUCGGCUAUCAUCGAUGGCAGCCAAAGUACAGAUGAUACUAAGAUAGUGAGUUAUCACUGGGAAGAAGUUAAUGGGCCCUUCCGAGAAGAGAAGACCUCAGCUGACUCCCCCGUCUUACAUCUGUCUAACCUUGUUCCUGGAAACUAUACUUUCAGGUUGACAGUUACAGACUCAGAUGGAGCCACUAACUCUACAACGGCAACCCUAAUAAUCAACAGUGCUAUGGACUACCCUCCAGUCGCCAAUGCAGGACCAAAUCAGACCAUAACUUUGCCCCAAAACUCCAUCACUUUGAAUGGAAACCAGAGCAGUGAUGAUCACCAGAUUGUCCUCUAUGAGUGGUCCCUGGUGCCUGGGAGUGAGAGCAAAGAGGUGGCUAUGCAGGGAGUAGAGACCCCAUACCUUCAUUUGUCGGCAAUGGAGGAAGGAGAUUAUACGUUUCAGCUGAUGGUGACAGAUUCUUCGAGGCAACAGUCCACAGCUGUGGUCACCGUGAUUGUCCAACCUGAAAACAACAGGCCUCCGGUGGCUGUGGCCGGCCCGGAUAAGGAGCUGAUCCUCCCAGUGGAAAGCACCACGCUGGACGGGAGCAGGAGCAGCGAUGACCACGGGAUUGUCUUCUACCGCUGGGAGCGUGUCAGAGGCCCCAGCGCAGUGGAGAUGGAAAACUUCGACAAAGCUAUAGCCACAGUAAGCGGUCUUCAGGUGGGUACCUACCACUUCCGUUUAACAGUGAAAGACCAGCAGGGAUUGAACAGCACGACCACCCUCACCGUGGCCGUGAAGAAGGAAAAUAAUAGUCCUCCCAGAGCCCGGGCUGGUGGCAGACAUGUUCUUGUGCUUCCCAAUAACUCCAUUACUUUGGAUGGUUCAAGGUCUACUGAUGACCAAGGGAUUGUGUCCUAUCUGUGGAUCCGGGACGGCCAGAGCCCAGCAGCUGGAGAUGUCAUCGACGGCUCUGACCAUGGCCCGGCCCUGCAGCUCACCAACCUGGUGGAGGGCAUCUACACUUUCCGCCUCCAAGUUGCUGAUGGUCAGGGGGCCUCAGACACGGACACCGCCACAGUGGAAGUGCGGCCAGACCCGAAGGCGGCUGGCCUGGUGGAGCUGAUCCUGCAGGUCGGCGCGGGGCAGCUGUCGGAGCAGCGCAAGGGCGCCCUCGUGCGGCGGCUGGCAGCGCUGCUGAGCGUGCUGGACUCGGACGUCAGGGUUCAGAAGGUCCAGGCCCACUCGGACCUCAGCACCGUGAUUGUGUUUUAUGUACAGACUGGGCCACCUUUCAAGGUCCUCAAAGCUGCCGAAGUGGCCCGAAAUCUACACAGGCGGCUCUCAAAGGAAAAGGCUGAUUUCUUGCUUUUCAAAGUCUUGAGGAUUGACACAGCAGGGUGCCUUCUGAAGUGUUCUGGCCAUGGGCACUGUGACCCCAUCACAAAGCGUUGUAUUUGCUCCCAGCUGUGGAUGGAGAACCUGAUCCAGCGUUAUAUCCGGGAUGGAGAAAGCAACUGUGAGUGGAGCGUGUUCUAUGUGACAAUACUGACUCUUGCUCUCAUUGUGCUGACAGGGGGUUUAACGUGGCUUUGCAUCUGCUGCUGUAAGAGACGAAAAAGGACUAAAAUCAGGAAGAAAACGAAGUACACUAUCUUGGACAACAUGGAUGACCAGGAAAGAAUGGAGCUGAGGCCCAGAUAUGGUAUCAAGCACCGAAGCACAGAGCACAACUCCAGCCUGAUGGUGUCCGAGUCCGAGUUUGACAGCGACCAGGAUACAAUCUUCAGCCGAGAGAGGAUGGAGCGAGGGAAUCCGAAGGUUUCCAUGAACGGAUCCAUCAGAAAUGGAGCUUCCUUCAGCUAUUGCUCAAAGGACAGAUAA